UCAUCCGGGCAACUAGCUACAAAACAUGGCUGCCGUCUGACUGCAGUUAUCCAUGUUAUUGAUGUCAAGAUGAAGAUUGACAGGUCAAAGUUGAAGAAGUCUUCAACUGAAGUGCCUGCCGAUUGCAGAACUUUGAUAGAAAAGUUGAAAUCCUCGGAGGAUGAUCUUCUUGCUGAACUCCGAACUGUGAAAACAUGGACCUUUGGAAAGUGUGAAUUGUAUCACUGGUCUGAUAUACUCGACCUGUUUGAUGAUGUAUUGGAAAAGGCAUGUAAGAAGGAGACUGAGAAGAAAUGGACGCUUGCUUGUGAUGUCUCUGGAAAUGAGAAGCUCAAAACCCUCCUCCUGGAGGUGUUGCGAUUCACAGCUCUGCUCAUUGAGCACAGCUUCUCUCGUCACCUGUACAACUCCAUGGAACAUCUCACCACAUUGCUGGCCUCCUGUGACAUGACUGUCGUGCUUGGUGUUCUAAAUCUACUCUAUGUAUUCAGCAAAAGGUCCAACUUCAUAACACGUUUAAAUCCAGAUAAGAAACAAGCCCUGGUUGUGAGACUGACACAUCUAGCUGAGAGUUGGGGAGGAAAGGAAAAUGGAUUUGGACUUGCCGAAUGUUGCAAGAAUUUGGCUUUGAGUAACUUUCCACCUAGUGCAACAACUCUACAUUUUGAAUUCUACACAGAAAAUAAAGAUGAAAAAUCUGGAAAAAAGGGUGCAUCAAAUUCAAUUCAAAGUAUUCACAUGGACAAUGUUGACAAGGCUGCUUCUCUCCCAUCAACCAUCAUGGAACAACUGGAGAACUACAGUAUACCUGCAGAUAAACAGGUUCUGCUGUACACUCACAUACGCCUGGCCCAUUUGUUCUCCAACUAUGAGGCCAGAGUGCAGUGUGUUCAGGCCAGACUUCAAGCUAUUGCUAUACUUGUGUACUCAAAUGCUAUUCAAGAAAAUAUGAAUGUGAUCCUGUAUCCAGGCCUCAUAGAGGAGCUUGUUGAUAUUGUGGAACUCAAAGAACCUAACCUAGUGGACAUCAAAGCUGCUGCUUUGAGAACAUUGACAUCUAUCAUACACCUUGAGAGAAAUCCAAAGUUAAACAGUAUUAUAGAUGCCACUGGUGCUUCAUCUUACCACGGAUUUCUACCUGUGCUUGUACGAACAUGUAUUCAACACAUGAUAGACCCUGAAAUGGAUGCUUUUCCCCAGCAGUAUGCCACAGCUUUGUUCUCCUUCCUCUACCAUCUAGCCAGCUAUGAGAAUGGUGUUGAGGCAUUGGUAUCUUGCGGGAUGAUGGAAGCAUUACUGAAAGUCAUCAACUGGUAUGGAGAGGGACAAGAGCACAUAACCGUAAGUUUUGUGACAAGAGCUGUACGUGUGAUUGAUCUCAUCACCAACCUGGACAUGGCUGCUUUCCAGGCUCACGGAGGGCUUCUUGCAUUUAUCAACAGAUUAGAGAAUGAAGUGAGCAUCUGCAGAAAGGAACAGCCAUUUGUAAUCCGACCAGCCCGCCGUGAAGCCAGCAUCGACUCCCAGCCUGAAUCUCCCCCAGCCCCGAUGGAAACAGACAUGACCCAGAGCAGCGACAGUAUAAACGCUGGCGCUUCAACUUCACUCCCAGCACCUGUAGCUCAGCCUGCAGAACCGGCAGAGCCAGAUGUGCCAAAAACAGGUGUUCAGUGUUUUCCACAGCGAGCUGCUCUACUCAAGUCCAUGUUGAACUUCCUGAAGAAGGCCAUUCCUGACACAGCUUUUGCAGAGAGCAUUAGACAUCUAAUGGAUGGAUCUCUUCCUAAAUCCCUGAAGCAUAUUAUCAGCAAUGCUGAAUACUAUGGACCCUCACUCUUUCUGUUAGCUACUGAUGUUGUGACAGUUUACGUCUUUCAAGAACCUUCUCUUCUGUCAUCACUUCAAGACAAUGGCCUCACUGAUGUGGUGCUCAAUGCCCUGCUUAUCAAAGAUGUUCCAGCAACACGUGAGGUAUUAGCAUCCUUACCCAAUGUGUUCAGUGCUCUGUGUCUGAACACUCGAGGUCUUGAAGCUUUUGUGGAGUGUCGUCCAUUUGACAGACUUUUCAAGGUGCUUUUAUCCCCAGACUAUCUGCCAGCAAUGAGACGAAGACGAAGCUCAGACCCUUUCGGUGAUACUGCCAGUAAUUUGGGCAAUGCCAUGGAUGAGUUGAUGAGGCAUCAGCCUUCUCUCAGGACAGAUGCAACCAAAGCAAUUAUUAAGCUUUUAGAAGAAGUCUGUGCCAUGGGAAGAGAUACCAAGUACAUCUGUCAAAAGCAGCAGCCAAAGGCAGAGCAGAAUAUGGCACUGUCAAUCCGUUCCCCUCAACCAGCUGACACAGGUUCAUCUGAUGAGGAUGAAGAGGAGGAGGAACUGCCUAGCACUGCAAGUCAGAGUACAUCAGCCAAACCAGCUCUCUCACCCACACAGGACUCUAUGCAAAGCCAGUCUGCUUCACCUGACAGGCAGGCCAUUCCUCUCAUGGAUUAUGUUCUAAAUGUGAUGAAAUUUGUUGAGGCCAUUUUAAGUAACAACUCGACAGAUGACCACUGCCGUGAGUUUGUCACACAGAAGGGCCUCCUCCCACUCAUGGGCAUCUUGGGACUGCCAAAUCUUCCUAUUGACUUCCCUGCAUCACCUGCGUGCCAGGCUGUUGCAAGUGUCUGCAAGGCUAUUCUUAGCUUGUCUAGAGAACCCCAAGUAUUGAAGCAGGGAUUGCUUCAUCUAAAUGAAGUGCUACAAAAAUUGGAGCCGUUACACAAGCCCUUGGACCCCCCAGGUGGCUCUGUGUUGCUACGGGAACUGGCCAGCGUUGCUAACAUCCCUGAUGCCACUCUGUCCCCCCAGGCCACACCCCUCCUCCAUGCCCUGUCGGCAGCGCAUGCUUACAUCAUGAUGUUUGUACAUGUGUGCAGGAUGGGGCAGGUCAGAAGAAAUGUGAUUGACAUCAGAACCAUAUCAGUGAGCCACUGGGGAUCGGAGUUAGGACUACAAGUCUUGAAGGGGCUGAGUCGGCUUUACACAUCACUUGUGUGGGAAAGCACUGUGCUACUGGCUCUCUGCAGUGAGGACAUUUUGCCCCCUGGAUGUGAGUUUGGUAAGGAGGAUAUGGACAAGAUUCUUCCAAAGGAUCAGAAAAGUGAUAAGGAUCCCAAAGAAGGGGAGGAAGGUUUGACGAGGAGUGUUGGAGAAAUGGGCAGUAAUGGUGUCAGUGCUGCUAUGGAAUCUCUCACCACUUCGGAAACCCCUGAAACCCCCAUGGAAGUUGUGUCCGAUUCUGCUUCCUCAUCAGACAAAGACACGAAAAAGUCAAAACUCUCACCUACACUUCAGGCUCAGAUCAAACAGCUGAAGCCAUUAUUAUCUGUGUCCUCCAGACUUGGGCGAGCUCUUGCUGAGCUGUUCGGCCUCCUGGUCAAGUUGUGUGUUGGAACACCAGUGCGACAGAGACGGAGUCAUCAGACCCCACCUACUCCAACAACACCCACACCGGCUGCUCAGGCUGUUGCAAAGGCGCUAACAAAACUUUUGGCAAAUGGAUUGUCAUGGAAUCCUCCUCCACAUGCACCUGUACCAAAGCUUAGGUUAACAUUCCUUGUAUGUUCUGUUGGAUUUACAUCACCGAUGUUGUUUGAUGAGAAGAAACAGCCAUACCAUCUUAUGCUGCAGAAGUUUGUCUCAUCAGGGGGACAAGAUGCUCUGUUUCAGGCCUUCUCUUGGGCAUUGUCUAUGAAUGGAAAAGUUCCCUUAGUGGAUGGUUUGGAACAUCCUGAUUUACCAGAUGGAUCUGGAGAGUUUAUAGAUGCAUGGCUCAUGCUGGUUGAGAAGAUGGUCAACCCCAAGACAGUACUAGAAUCUCCACACACUCUUCCUACAAAGUCAACACAACCAGGAUUCGCUCCCUUUAGUCCUGUGCAAUACCUCAUCAGCACACAGAAGGCUGCAUUCAAUGCUGUGAUGAAUCUGUGGAACAAGAAGCCAAUCAAAGUGUAUGGCAGUCGGAUGUCGGAAUCUAUUCUGGCAAUUCUGUGUCACAUCAUCAAGGGAGAAGGAAUUAUCAAGGAGUACCUUGCUAAAGAAAAGGAGGAGAGUGCAGCUGCCACCCCAGGAGCCCAGACUCCCUCUCCUGCUAGUUCUGUAGCUAACAACAUGGCUGCUGCUGGACCCUCUGUCCCAGUCCCUGUGCGGCAGGAACCAGAAGUCAACCAGGCUCAUCUCCAGCAGCUGAUGGACAUGGGAUUUACUCGAGAGCACUGUAUGGAUGCACUGCUGCACACAACAAGCCUGGAACAAGCCACAGACUACCUCCUGAAUCAUCCUCCCCCUGCACUGCAGGUGCCGGGUCUUGGUAUGGACAUGGACAUGUCUGAAGAGGAUCAGAUGAUGCGUGCAAUAGCUAUGUCUCUAGGGGAAAAUGUGGUCAUGUCCACUGACCAGGAAGAACCAAAGAAAGAAGAAAAGAAAGAAGAAGAAGAUGAAGAACAAGAAAAACAGGAAUUGGAAGAACCUUUGGACAAAUCUGUAUUAGACAACUUCACUCAAAGCGUUGUAACAGGUUGUAUGCAGUUACUAGACACAUUACCAGAAACUGUGUACCGUGUGUGUGAUCUGAUGAUUGUGAUAACACAGAGGAAUGGCAAUGCAUGGCGGGAUGAAUCUCUAGCUACGCUCGUACAACAGGUGUUCUGUCUGGCCCAUCAACUCCUGGCCCAGCUGUCAGAGGGGAUCUGUGUGAAGGACUCUGUAGAUAAAGUCUCCAGUGAAUCCAGUGCCUCACAGUUUGCAAACAGACUUCAUCUUCUCAGUUUGUUGUUCGAGGAAAUGAUGAUGCCAUGUGCGGAAGCUGUUGAGAAUGGCAAAUUCCUCGACUUGUUGAUCCAAGUGUUGAAUGAGGGACAGGAGUACCUCAGUAAUCUUAAAGACCCUUCAACUCCAAAGUGGAUGGCUCCGCUACUGCUUCUUCUUGACCUGUUCGAAAAAGUGUCUGUGAUAUCUAAGAGGAAGUCGGAAGCUAUGAGCCUCAUUGCUAACAGUCACACCUGGAAAUGGUUUGAUGACAGCAGUGGCAGAUGGUGUAAAUAUAGUGUGGGCAACAACAAAACUAUUGAUGAUGCAUACAGAAGCGGAGACAGCAAUGUCAGAUUCCAAGCUGGGAGGCGAAGAUACACAGUACAGUUCAGCUCUCUUGUCCAGGUUAAUGAAGAGACUGGUAACAGGCGACCGAUAAUGCUGUCGUUUCCAACUGCAGAAGAAAAACCUUCCACAAAAGAGGAACCUAAAGACAGCAAAAAUAACACAGAAGCUUCUGGAGAGACGCCAAAGGCUCCUGAGGAUACGAAGAUGGAGACAGAAACUGUAGAAGAAAAGGAGAAGCCACAGAAGACGGUGGUCCAAGGUUUUACAGAUCAACAAAUCACUAGCAUAAUAAAAUCCGUUGUCUCUUUGCUAAGUGUCCCAGUUGACCCCGACACACUACAUGCAUCGUUGAGACUUAUGCUUCGAUUGACCAGAGAACACAAACAUGCUGUGCAUUUUGCUGAACUUGGUGGACCUAAAAUCCUUCUGAAUUUGACACAGGCCUCAGCAUUUCAAGGAUUUGUCUCCCUUGCCACCCUUCUCUUCAGACAUAUUUUGGAGGAACCAUCCUCUCUCAAGUACUGUAUGGAAAAGGUGAUGCGAAAUGCAUGCAGUGGAAUAGGAUCAAGUGCAUGUGGAGUUGCCAACGGAAGUAUAGGCUCCAAAGAGAUGCAUUAUGUGAUGAGAGUGUUGGGCCCUGCUGGAUGUAGGAACCCAAGUCUGUUUGCCGAAGUGUCUAAGAAUACACUACAGAUUGCAUUGCCUCCACCUGGCAAGAUUCUCAGAGAUGAGGAUGAGAAUCGGUACACAGCACCAAAUGCACCACAGAUCUUGAAAUGCUCUCCUACCAAACAGCUUUCAUUUGCCAUCAACCAGACCGUUAAGGAGGUGGUACAUGAUCUCUUGAAUGCCCUCAUCGUGAAGUACACUUGGAAAGUUGAUGAAAAUACAUCCAGUUCUGAAGUUCGACCAGCUCAGACCUUAGCAGAAGCUAUCCAGGAGGUUGUGAAUGAGGUCGCCAGGGAGUUGAAUGAAAGGCAACAGCAGGCCAUGGUUCGACAAAACAGCUCUGCUGAAGUUCCCCAAAGCACUGAUGAAGGAGAAGCGAGUCAAUCUGAUCCGAAUGCAGAAAGUUCCACAUCUAAAGAACAGAAGGAUACAAAAUCAGCAGAAGAUAUUCGAAAACAGCGUCCUCUGCUGCCAAAGUCAGCGAUCUUGCGUCUUUUGUCAGAGAUCAUUAAGUCUUAUGGCAACUGUACACAGUUGAUCACCCAGUAUACAUAUCAUUCAGGACAGACAGAAAUGGUGUCAGAGGAGUGUAGUGUAUUAGCUUUUGUUCUGGACAGCCUGUUACCCCAGUGCCAAGCAUCUGGUGAUAGAGACUGUCCAAGUUUGUCCCGAGUGUUUAUUGCCAGCAUCGCUUCCUGCAAUCACAGCCCAGAAGCUCAGAACUCCCUUGUCAUAGAGAUCAAGGGAGCUCUACAGAGAGCUCUUGCAAUACCAGAGAGUUCUGAAAAACAUUCCCGCCUUCAGGCCCUCACUGGAAUAAUAAGUACUAUCAUAGAGGCUUGUCCUAGCCCUGGACAAGUACCUAAUCAAGUGUUCAAGGGCCAGCAAACUGUGAUGAACAAUAUGGUGAAAAUUCUUAUCAAAAGGGGGCUAGUAACAGAUUUGGCUCGGAUACCCCAUAAUUUGGAUUUGUCUAGUCCGUACAUGGCCCAGACAAUCAAUUCUGCACUGAAGCCCCUUGAGACCCUUUCGCGCAGUGUCAAUCAGCCCUUGCAGAGUGUUACAGCCAAGCCAAAAACACCCGAUGAUGGCUCAGGACCACCUAAUAUGGGCGGGACUACCAUAGCUGCUAAUAACAAUCAGACAGAUGCCCAAGGUGUAGAAGAGGCUCUUGCAGGUGAAGCUGAGAACAAUGUGACAAUAGAAGAUGUGACUGACCACCCUCUGGACCUGGAUGAUCUGGAGGAAACAUGCACCCAUGAUGCUGUUGAGCCAGAUCUUGACAGUCAAAACAGGGGUGGAAACCUCCUGGAUCAAGUGUUGGACCAGUUCCUGAACAGAGGUCCAGGACAAUCUGAUAAUGAAAUUCUAGGAGAUAUCACAAUGGGCACAGUUGAGGAGCCAAGUCAGGCAUCACACAAUGAGGAUGAAUCUCCACGUGUGAUAAUCAAUGUAGAAGUUGAAACUGAUGAUAUUGAUCAGCAUGAUUCUCAGAUGGUCACCCAAGAGAUAUCUGAUGUUGAGGAUGAUGCAGAUGACCAUGUGCAAGAUGAUGGUCCUGAGGAAGGAUCUCCUGACAGUGCCUCAGAAGGUGAUGAUGAUGACAACGAUGAUGCUGAUAAUGAUGAUCAUGACGAUGAAGAUGAUGAUGAGGAUGAUGAAGAUGAUGAUGAGGGUUCCGACAUGGAUGCAGAUGAAGAUGACUAUCAUGACAUGGACACCACCAUCACUCCAGGCUAUGAGGAUGAUUUUCUCUUCCAUAUGGAUGAUAUGUUCCCAGCUGGAAAUUCAACAUACCCCAUGGGUGAGAGUGGAGCCCAGCACAUCUUUUUCAAUGAUAACUCCCAGAUACGAACCUACCAACUGCCUAUUUCUGUUCAUGAUAACGAUAAUGGAAAUGAUGCAAUGCCGUCCCUUCCCCCCGCACCUAGCAACGUGACAACAGCUCAUCCAUUGUUGAUGCGACAGUCCGACCCCCACACAGUGAUGGGCGUGGCUCGAGUUCAUCGUGGGAACAGGCAACGAGGCUCCUACAGGUUCAAUCCCAACACUCAGACUCUCCAUGUCAACUUGCAGGGCAGUGGUCGACAGCCAAAUCCUCCAGUUAUCUUACAAAGACUCCUUGGCCCUACUACAGCAGCAGACAUCCUUCAGCUAACCAACACUCUCACAACACAAGCUGGAGGACCAACACACACCAGGGUGGUGCUGGCCAAUGAUGACUUGAGGAUUAUCUCCAGGCCAGAGGAAGAUCUCUUCGAAGAGCUAUUCCAGGACCCAUUUCCAGAGAGUGGCUCUGCAGGCUCUGGUGUCUUGUCUUGUGUUCCAUCUACACUGACGCGCUGGACAGAGGAGACCAAGGUCUUGGAUGGAGACAGUGUCCACAACUGUCUCAUGACGGUCAAACCUAACAUCAUUGAGAGCUUGAUUAAGACCAGAGAUGAGGAGCUGAGUGAGAGGCGAGAGAAGAGGAAGAAAGCAGCAGAGGAAGAUGCAGCCAAGAAGGAGAAGGAAAAACAGAACAAACCCGAGGAGAGUGGCCAGAUUGACAGCUCGUCUGGAACAUCCACCAGUGUGACAACCUCGGGAGCAGUAAGUGCUGCCAACACGCUGUGCAUCACGCCAGUUGUCCCCAGCCACACCUCCACUCCCAACCCACCGCCACCACCAGUCACUACAACUACUGAGAAUCUCUCAAGGCAAAUCAGUGUAAGUGAGGCUGUGGCAGCAGCAGAGAGACUUGCUUCAGCAAUGGUGGAGGAGGUCCUUGCCCCUGCCAUCACCACCACAGCUGCAUCUUUGCCCAGUGGACAGACCGCAGUUACACCCAGUGUUACCCAGGCGGCAGUGUCCACGACAGCUCAUGCUGAGCUCACUGACCACCUCCUAGCUGGACAGGGCCUAGCCGCAGAUACCAUCACGCCAGCCAACCAGCCUGUCCCUCUAACAACACCCUCUGCACCACGCAGGGCUGGAGAUCUGCCGACUUCCAAUCUUGCUUCCUUGUUGCUGUUUGACGAUUCUGUCAUGGAAGCCACCAGCUCUUCCUCGCCCUUAUUUGGAUUGGGCACCACGCAGGGAGAUGAGGUUGGUCCUACGGCCACACCAACAUCCAGCUCCGACUCAACAACAGGGGCACAACCCCAGAGCGACACGGCUGUCACACCCGAGGAAGUCUCGAACAUUACAAGUUCAGAUGCUGUUACAGUGCACUCUUCUGCGUCAGGUAGCACAGAAGAACUUGCAACUGCAUCUGGUAUGAACCCUCCGAACACAUCAGGAAGCACGACUUCGCAGACUAGUGUCACUAGUGUCACUAGUUCCAUCCUAUCAUCCUUGGCAGAAGCUGCUAACCUAGCUAGUACUUCUAGUGGCACUCCAUCAACAGUUGCAGCUGCAGCAGACUCUGAGGGUGUGGACCCUUCAUUCUUGGCUGCAUUGCCAGACAACAUCAGACAAGAGGUGAUAGCAGAACAGCUCCGUCUCCAGCGGAUACAACAGAGAGCACAACAGCAGGCACAAAACACCGAAAGUGCAGGAGCUAUGGAGGUUAACGCAGAAUUCCUUGCUGCUUUGCCACCUGCCAUUCAGGAAGAGGUGCUGGCUCAGCAGAGGGCAGAACAGGCCCGUCUCGCAGCACAGCAGCAAACACAAACAAACCCGGAGACUCCAGUUGACCCUGCAAGCUUCUUUGCCACCCUGCCCACAUCACUACGACAGCAGGUGUUGGCUGACAUGGAUGACAGCAUGUUAGCUGUUCUACCACCUGAUCUGGCAGCAGAGGCUCAGGAGCUGAGGAGGGAGUUCGAGGAGAGACACCGCCGAAUUGUUCAAGAGAGAAUCUUUGCACAAGCUGGUGCUGCUUCUCUGUCCGCUAUUUUACGACAUUCAGGUGCUCAAGAUAGAGCAGGGUUGAGCAGAGGGAGAACCUUGGUGGACGAGUACAGGGGCCUUGCGGGACGGCUUGGAUCACGCUAUGCAAUCAGGGCUGCUCCCAGAGGAAGCAGAUGGGCGUGGGGAAAUAGAUACGGAGGCAGGUAUGCUGCUCGGUAUGGAGCCCAGCCUCCUGCCAACAGUGCAGCCAUCAAGUUACGAGGUCGCCAUCUAUUGGACAAUGAAGCACUGACCUGUUUACUUGUCUUACUGUUCUUGGAUGAACCAAAGCUCAACACAUCCAGACUUCAUAGAGUGUUAAGAAAUUUGUGUUACGAUGGACCAACAAGGACUUGGGUGAUUAGAGCAUUGUUGUCCAUCAUGCAGAAAACGGGUGAGUGCAAGCUUCAUGAGAUAGAGGACAAGGUUGGGCCGGCCAAAACCCCUGAAAAGGGCAAGGCCAAAAAGGUUCAACCAAUGCAAACAGAUUCCCCGGUGGCUUUGAAAAGUGAUGUGCGCAGUCAAGCAUCCUGGUUGUCUAUGAGUCUAGAGGCUGCCUUAGGUUGUCGAGCCAACGUCUUUCAAAUUCAGCGGAGUGCAGGUAAGAAACACACCAAUCCUCCGAGCUGUAGUGUCAGUAUUCAUAAUCAGGCUGCACCUGUGGUGUGUAGACAUGUGUUAGACACUCUUAUUUCCCUAGCCAAAGUAUUUCCAAGCCAUUUUCUGCCUGCUCCAAAGGCAAAAGAGGUCCAAAAAUGUGAAGAUGAUGGCAAGGAAACGGACAAUAACAAACAGAAACAAAUUGCAAGUGGUGCCUCCAGUCCCAGAGUUGCAAACAAGUCUGAGAAGGGGGAGAAAUCCGAUGCCAAGCAAGAGAAUAAAUGUGACACCAAUUUCUGGGAUUUAUUGGUGAGAUUAGACAAUACAAGCGGUAGCAAAAAAGGCAAAGGAAUGCAGAAAGCCCAUAAUUCAAGUGCAUUUGAAAAUGAGGAUAGUACAGUGUAUAACAGUUCUCCAAUAGGACAUCUCAUGAACAUGCUGUCUCAUCCUGUUAUACGGAGAAGCCAGCUGCUUACUGACAGACUCCUGAGACUUCUAGGGCUUGUGUCGAUAGGAUUGCCUGAUUUGUCCCGUGCUAGGGAUGUCCGAACAAGUGGUGUCACCACUGCAACAUCCAAUGUAAUCGCAACUACAGCUGCAGCAUCUAGUCUCUUGACAGCAGCCACGAUAACAACAUCUUCAAACUCUGCACCCACACCAACAUCGAUGGUUCAACCCUCAGCCCCACCUGCAACAAGUGCAGAAGCUAAGUUAAUAAAGAGCCCUGAAGAAGUGGAAGAAGAAUUUGAGGAUGAGUCACCUAUAUUGAAGAAUGAACUGAACCUCGCUGUACAGGUGCUGACAACCAAGUCAUGUUCUGAAGAAGGUUUAGAAGAUGCUACAAACCUCCUACUGCAGUUGUCUUGGGCCAACAACGCUACACGCAAUGCAGUACUUGAACUCUUGCUGGUUGGUGCCAGGAAACUUGGUCUCACAGUCUGUGCCAAUAUAAGAGGUUUGCUGGUUGAACUUCAGAACUUAAAUGCUCACAUAACUGAUGACGUUUUUGACUCUGAUGACAGUAGAGAUGUUGAUGCGAGUGUAGAGAACAGAGGAAAGGGUAUGCUUCCUGACAGGUUUAUGCCCGGAGUGCAUGUAGUGGUAUCAGCACCCACAAAGAUGAAGAGUGGGAGAGAGCUACAGCUACCCUCAAUGUCUCAACUCACUUGCAAAACAUCAAGCCAGCAGUUCUUCCUCAGGAUCCUUAAGGUCAUCAUCCAGCUGAGGGAAGCAGCAAGGGUAGCAGCCAAGAAGCAAAAGCGUACAGGCAGAGAACUGGGUAACAUAGCUGAGGCAAUGGCAGCAUUAGAAGCAGAGGCGGAGGCUUUCAUGGAAGUUGUCAGUCACAGAAGUAGCACCCCCCUAACACAGCAGGCUCAGCCACAACAAGCUGCUCCCACACAAGUCGACAUGUUGCAGGGGUCAGCCCAGAGUGGGGCCAGCGAUGCCCAACCUCCAACCCCUGGGGCAGAGACUCCAAUGGAGGUGGAUCAGCCAGGUUCCUCUAAGGAGGAUAAGGACAAGAAGAAUGAGGAGACAGCAGCUCCCCUGCCGCGCUUGAGUGAACAACUAUCACUGGAAGAGUUGUGGCAGACUUUAGGGGAUUGCUUGUCUGAGCUGGCUAAAACACCAGACCAGCAUGCUGUGCUUAUCCUGCAGCCCGCUGUGGAGGCCUUCUUCAUUGUACAUGCAGGUGAGAAGGAAGUGAAACCUGUGGAGACCCACCCUCGUCGUGAGGAUCAGCUAGCACAUCUGAAUGCAGAGAUGGCUCCUCCUUCCCCAUCUGCCAGUAAUAACCCAGCAGCCAGUGCCGAGACAAGCAUGCCUCUCACCAGGGAGAACUCUGUUGCAUCUGUCUCUUCCCUGGCACAUCUGCCACCUGAUGCUCAGAAGUUCCUCAGGUUUGCUGAAACCCACAGAACUGUUCUGAAUCAGAUCUUGCGACAGUCGACAACCCCAUUGGCUGAUGGUCCUUUCAGUGUCCUUGUGGACCACACACGAAUCUUGGACUUUGAUGUGAAGAGAAGAUACUUCCGUCAGGAGCUUGAGAGAUUGGAUGAGGGUUUGAGGCGUGAAGAUCUACCAGUUCAUGUCCGCAGGGAAAAUGUCUUUGAGGAUUCUUUCAGAGAGCUUUUCCGAAGGUCACCAGAAGAGUGGAAACAGAGAUUCUACAUUGUUUUUGAAGGGGAGGAGGGCCAGGAUGCUGGAGGCCUGUUGAGAGAAUGGUACCUGAUCAUCUCAAGAGAAAUCUUCAAUCCCAACUAUGCAUUAUUCAAGACCUCUCCAGGGGACAGAGUCACCUACACUAUCAAUCCGUCUUCUCACUGCAAUUCUAACCAUCUUAGCUACUUCAAAUUUGUUGGCCGAAUCAUUGCAAAGGCUGUGUAUGACAACAAGCUUCUUGAGUGCUACUUCACGAGGUCCUUCUACAAACAUCUACUCGGACAGCCUGUCAAAUACACAGACAUGGAGAGUGAAGAUUAUGCCUUUUACCAGGGCCUUGUCUUCUUGUUAGAGCAUGGUGUUGCAGAUCUUGGCUAUGAUCUCACAUUCGCCACAGAGAUCAUGGAGUUUGGUGUGAUGGAGACAAGGGACAUUAUCCCAAAUGGACGUAACGUGCCCGUGUCUGAAGAAAACAAACGAGAGUAUGUGAAGCUUGUCUGUCAGAUGAAGAUGACGGGAGCUAUUCGGAAACAGCUCAAUGCUUUCCUGGAAGGUUUCUAUGACAUCAUUCCGAAAAAAUUGGUUUCAAUCUUCAAUGAGCAGGAACUGGAGCUGCUCAUCUCUGGCCUGCCAACUGUUGACAUUGAUGAUCUGAAGGCCAAUUCAGAAUACCACAAGUAUCAGCCUAACUCCCUACAGAUCCAAUGGUUCUGGCGAGCUCUUCGUUCAUUUGACCAAGCAGAAAGGGCCAACUUCCUGCAGUUUGUUACUGGUACCUCUAAGGUCCCACUUCAAGGUUUUGCCUUCCUCGAGGGAAUGAAUGGCAUACAGAAAUUCCAGAUCCACAGAGAUGACCGAUCUACAGACAGACUUCCAACUGCACAUACUUGCUUCAACCAGUUGGAUCUCCCGGCCUAUGAGACGUACGACAAACUGAGACACAUGUUGCUGCUGGCUGUUAGCGAGUGUUCAGAAGGGUUUGGCCUUGCUUGAUUGAGUAGCAGGGUUAAAUUGUACUGGUUCAGCAUCCCAAGGGUGAAGCAGUAAGACUGUCAAUUAUCAGCCCUUCAGGAUGGAACGUUGAGACAAAACACCUUCUACUUAAUCCCAACUCUGCUAUUUAUUAUGAUUGUGGUUCAUAUUGUUGAAUGACAAAUUUACAUAGUUUAUUGUAUUUAAAUAUUUUGCAACAGCAAAGAAAUGAUUGUAUAAAAUAUGGUACAAAAGUACAUAGAGCCUUUGAAAAAGAGAAUGCCUUUUGUGAUUUUAUACUGUGUAUAUAGAGAGAAUGGUCAUGGAUGUGAUAUGAAAAUAGUAGAAUUUAUGCACAGUUUAUUUGGGAGAUAUUAUUUUGUUUUGCCCACUUGAGAAAACACAAAAUCCUUCCUUCGUUUUGAUGACAUUUCCAUCCACAGGUUAUUGGCAUUGUUUGUAUUUAUGAGUUCAAUUAUCUAUUGCUCUUAAUCCCCAAAGUGAAUUGUGUGAAAUCUUUUGUUUGAAGUUAUGAACAGAGGCUACUGCUCAAACUGUCAGUGUCAGCUUAGAUGUGAAUAACCUAUAUUUGAAAUGACCUACAUUUUAGAUGUACCUGUCAAAGCAUUAUUUACUUUGUAACAUAUACAAUACACUUAAGUCACAUUACUCUUUCAUAUUCAAAACAUUGUGCACUAUCAAGUUAACUGGUUUCAAACACAUAACACUGAUUGUUGUGGUACACAAUUAUCUCCAUUGUAAUUCACUGCCAGAAGGACUUACACGAUGCUAAAGUUACUUUUAUCUGUUUUAUGUUAAAACCUGCCCAACGUCAAGGUGAUUGUGACAGAAUGUAAGACGGAAUGUUCACGUAUCAUAUUUCUCUGAAACAAAUACAGUACAAUGCAAUGUUUGGAAGAUCAUGUUUAUUGUGUUUAACUCAACACUGACUGCAAAGCAUCAUAGUGAGUUCCGCACCCAAACAAGAUUUUGACUUUCUAAUACUGUUCAGAGACAAUUUGUGUCAGUGUCUUAUUGGACACUUGAUUAAGAACGAUAUGUAACUUGUUGACAUGUUAAGUUGUUUGCGCACCUCUUCAGGAGACAUGUGAAGUACAGUGAGAGUGACUUGAUGGCACAAACUUGAUUGUGACUUUAUUCAAUGGAUGUAAAUGGCAUCACUAUUUAUGGCUGAUGAAGAGCCGUGAGAGGAGAAAGAAGAUUUUUAUUGUAUGCUUGAACAAAUGAUGUCGAGAGUUCCAUAUGGUGUAUUAUUUAUUGAUGUUUUAAUCUGAACAAUCCCCAUAAUUGUUUGAAAGCAGGAAUGUAAAAUACUUCCAAGGGGCUGCUCUACAGAGCUGUAAUUUGUAGACAGAUUGUUUCAGAUUUCUUCAGUUUCAAUGUACUAAUUGUCCACAUGUAUGUAAGUCAAUAAUGAUUUGAAUAUUAUGACUUAAUGUUACUGGUUGUAAUCUUUACCAGCUGUGUACAGCCUUGAUAAUGAACCUGUUAUGUAUAUUUCUCAGUCAUGUCCAUAGCACAAAAUGACUAAUGCAAGCAUUUGAAAUAAAAAAUUAAUUUGCAUUCUGAAACUGUAAAGUCAAAUAACAAGGCAUAAACUGAGAAAUAAAACUACAGUUCCAAUA